AAAAAGAAAAAGGAAUGGAAUAAACCCUUCGUACAUAUUAUUCACCUUACGAUGUGUAGUCUUCUAUUUUCUACUUACCUUUAAAUCUCACACACCUUUCACAGAAAACUUCACAAUACAUUGCGACCUUGCAAUAUCAGAGUGAAAUCCCAAAAGCAGCAUCUCACUUAUCCAUAUCAUGAGUACAGCCGUGCUGUAACUACGAAAGCAAUGGCGCCAGAGCUAUCAUCCAACUGGAAGAAGCUACAAGCGCAAAUCAAAACAGAGUCCACUGCCACAUCUUCACCCUCGCUAAACACCACAACCAAGAGAAAAACUGACGCCGGCCCAUCAUCUCACUCUCAUUCUCCAAAGCGACAAAAGCUACAGACACCCUCCAGGCCACAGGAUCGAAAAUCAUCAUCAUCAAAACCCCCUACCAAACCCUCCCGGAAAUCCAAUCCCAAAUCUCUCCCAGAAAGCCCAAUGGGCGUAACCCAAUCCUCCGCCCUCGCCCGCGGCACCCCCACAACCAUAACCCCGUCCCUCGCUCUCUGGGCCGAGGACAACGACAUCUCGCCCGAGGACCUAGCAGAAGCCUACUCCCUCGGCGCCAAGCACAACGCCUCCUUCACAGCCGCCGCGCCGCCGCGCGUGAACGAGGGAUUGGCACCCGGCGUCGAGGUAGGGAAGUACAUCGCGCUAGACUGCGAGAUGGUCGGCGUCGGGCCUGAGGGGCGGGAAUCAGUGUUGGCGAGGGUAAGCGUGGUUGAUUUCCACGGACGCCAGGUAUACGAUUCGUUUGUGACGCCGCGGGAGCGGGUUACUGAUUUCCGGACACAUAUCACGGGGAUCACGCCGCGGGUUCUAGCUACCGCGCGCACGUUCGAUGAAGUGCAGGGUGCGGUAGCGGAGUUAUUCAAGGACCGCAUUGUCGUCGGUCACGACAUCCGACAUGAUUUGGCGGUGCUGCAGCUUAGUCAUCCCAGCGGACAGGUGCGGGAUACGGCGAGGUUCGCGGGGUACAGGAAGUACGGGCAUGGGCCGAAGCCGGCGUUGAGGGUUUUGGCGCGGGAGGUUCUAGGCGUGGAGAUACAGAAUGGACAUCAUUCGAGUAUUGAGGAUGCGCGGGUUGCGAUGCUGUUGUUUCGGAAGAAGAAAUCGGAUUUUGAUGUUCAGCAUGCGAGUCGAUACGGCUUGCCUGUAGAAAAGACGACGGCGAGCGAGUCUGUGGGGGGAGAUGAUGGUAAUAGUGGUGGUGGUAGUGGUAAGGGGUCGGCUAAGUCCAAAAAUGGACAGGGAAAGAAGAAAAAGAAGAAACGCUGAUUUAGAGUAAAUUCCGAAUAAAGAGAAGCUGCUCGGAACGAGUAUGAAUAUAUUUGUUCACGCAA